GUCGGGUUGAAGUGAUCCGACCCAUUGUGUAAAAUAGAAAAACCCUAAAACGAAGUGAGUGUCCGCCGCUCGCAAAAGCGUUACUGUGAGGUAAAUAGCAUCUCUUCCCUGCUUUAUCUUCUUUCUCAUUUUCAUUCUCAUUAUUCAUUCAUUUCUCGUUCAUCAGAUCUUAAACUAACUAGAGCGGCAUAUUCAACUAACCCAUGGCUCUCAUCCUGCAUACUGGCCAAGGAAACAAAAAUGCUUACAAAGCACUCAUUGCUGCCGAAUAUGCUUCCGUUCAAGUUCAAUACGCCCCUAACUUUGAGUUUGGUGUCUCUAAUAAAACUCCUCAAUUUCUCGCCAUGAAUCCUCUUGGCAAAGUUCCUGUUUUGGAAACCCCACACGGUCCUGUCUUUGAGAGCAAUGCUAUUGCUCGUUAUGUUGCCCGAUCUAAAGACGACACCACUCUCUUUGGAUCUUCUCUCAUCGAAUAUGCUCAAGUUGAGCAAUGGAUUGAUUUUUCAUCUUUUGAGAUUGAUUCCAAUAUUCAGAAGUGGUACUACCCAAGAGUCGGAUAUGGAACAUACCUUCCUCCGGCCGAGGAGGCUGCAAUUGCCGGGGUGAAGAGAGCUUUGACUGCUUUGAACACUCACCUUGCCUCCAAUACUUACCUGGUUGGCCAUUCUGUCACCCUUGCCGACAUCAUUAUGAUAAGCAAUUUGUAUUUGGGUUUCACUAAAGUCUUGGUCAAGACCUUCACCUCUGAGUUUCCUCAUGUGGAGAGGUACUUCUGGACUUUGGUCAACCAGCCAAACUUCCGCAAGAUACUAGGUCAGGCCAAGCAGACGGAAGCUGUACCACCUGUUCAAUCUGCAAAGAAGCCUGCCCAGCCAAAGGAGUCUAAGCCCAAGGAGGCCAAGAAGGUUGCCGAAAAGCCCAAAGAACCAGAGGUUGAAGAGGAGGCGCCCAAGCCCAAACCCAAGAACCCACUUGAUCUUCUUCCUCCUAGUAAGAUGGUACUAGAUGAAUGGAAAAGACUCUACUCAAACACCAAGACCAACUUCAGGGAGGUUGCAAUCAAAGGAUUUUGGGAUAUGUAUGAUCCUGAAGGAUACUCUCUCUGGUUCUGUGAUUACAAGUACCAAGAUGAGAACACUGUUUCCUUUGUCACUUUGAACAAGGUUGGUGGAUUUCUUCAGAGGAUGGAUUUGGCCCGCAAGUAUGCAUUUGGUAAGAUGCUUAUAAUUGGAUCGGAGCCACCUUUUAAGGUGAAGGGACUGUGGCUUUUCCGCGGGCAAGAAAUCCCAAAGUUUGUGAUGGAGGAAUGCUAUGACAUGGAGCUUUAUGAAUGGACUAAGGUGGACAUAUCAGAUGAAGCUCAAAAGGAGCGAGUCAGUCAGAUGAUUGAAGAUUUUGAACCUUUUGAGGGAGAGGCUCUUUUGGAUGCCAAGUGCUUCAAGUGAUAAUUUAUUAUAUGCAAGGUUAUUAUGCUCGUCUUUGUUUUUGGUAUAGUUUAGUUUCUUUGUUAUCUCAGUUUCAGGGAAGUUCAAGCCGAUACUUCGAUUUGACUUGAUGUUUUCACCAUAGUUUUCAUUUUUGCAAGGGAAGACUAGUAUCUUUUUUUAGUAUGUAUGAAAAAUUGUGGAUUCAGUGUGUUUUUUGGUCCCCUGUUUUGGUACAUGGGUUCGAAGUGUUUUUUAUUUGUUUUAAAAAAUAAAGAAAUUUGAUGGAACA